AUGGCGCGCUACUCCCAUCUGGAAUUCGCGGACUCUAUUCCUAGUGAGGAGAGUUACAUUUUCGACGCCAUCAGGGCUUACUCCAGCUCGGAUGAGGUGUCGCAACGACAGGGCUCAGCUAGACAAAUACAUCGAGAUCUAGAUAGCAGGCUAGUAGCCCACACAGCGACCUUCCCUCCUCCAACGGCGCAGGAGACGGGGCGUCCACGUCAACCGCAACAACCGCAACAACAAGCAUGCCGACAACCUCGAUAUCUCAGGGGAAAGGAAGCUUCGUCUCCGGGCUGGCAUCCUUACACUGCCAACAACAGUCGCGUUGUGUCCGUCAACGAAGGCCGAGCCAUAGUCGCAGCGCCCCUGGACGAGUCGCUGAGACCGAACCUCUUCGACGUCCUGCACCUUCCCAAACCCACCACCAGCCUCAAUGAAACGGACGAGGCUUCCAAGUCAUCCUACUGGCUUGAGCAGGACUGUCCCGCCAAUCCUGUAUAUCCUGCGUUUCCACCGCCCCUAAGGUCCCCCACUCCGCCUGGCCUCCCGACUUUCGGCACCCCCGAAGCUGUGAACUACUCUUCUCAGUUCCAGGUUCGCUCGGCCACAGGGGGUGAUUAUCAGAAUCCGCAGGCAGCGAGUGGCUCGUCGAGUAGGUUCUAUGGUGGUGGUGCCUCUGGGCGCACGAGAACGGCGUCGUAUGGCGACAAGAUCCGAAGGAUGUUCAGCUUCACCUCUUCCACUCCUCCGCAGCCGCAACGGCAAGUACCGACUGUGGCACGAGCGGAGGACGGCACGGCGGUGCAGGGCCGUUUCCCUUACCGGCAGAGCGGGCAUGGUGUCGGUGUAGUCAGGCGAAUGGAGGAUCAUACUUUCCACCAGAGGGCGCUUUCGCCUGCUAUGGAAGAGAACACCCACGACCUCAGUAGCCCCACUCAAGACAGGAAACCUAAGAGAGAGCAGAGCAAUAGUCCCCAGCGAGAAGUUCCCUGGCGCAUGACCCCGGCAUAUGUAGGCCCAGUUGCAAGUCAUCACUCGGCCCGCGGUCGCUUCUCUUCAGUGUCUCGCCCGCCUGCCCAUGACAGCCUGCAAAGGCCUGGCUCGGCGAAUACCGGCUAUACAACGAGCAGGGUGGAAUCGUUCUAUACAUGCGCAUCUCAAUUACUCAAGCCUGCGCCGUCGAGACAGCAUAUGAGCACUGUGGAUGAUCAGGCGUGCGAGAUAGCGCCACAAGAGCCGGUUGCAUGCUCGCUUUUCCCUACAGAAUCACCCACAACGUCCGCCCCACCAGAUCACUGCGCUCUAGCCUACAAUCCGUCUGGCUCGUGGCUGAAGCUGCUAUCAACAGGUAAUUUCUGUCUCUCCUGUUGCUUGGGCGUCGGACAUGAUCCAGAAUCUGCCGUCUACUCCAAUACAUCUUCGCGUGAGACAUAUGAGACUGCCCGGAGCCAUACUUCGAAUGAAAUUGCCGUGGAGCCAAAUCGAGAGGACGAGGCAGCUGAAGCACCAAAUCCACCGCCGCGUCCAAGACAAUGGUUCUCGGAAGCAUGGAAGUCCGUUCACGAAUAUGCCUUGCGGAAUGUCGGUACCAUCGGCCGGCUUCUGGAUUGA